AUGAUCAUUUUUGAAUUAAAAAUGAAUUGAAGUCUAAAAGGUGUAGCAGUGGGGUGGCAUGAGAGAGAGAGAGAGAGUUUCGCAGCUCUGACAUAGCCACCAUUUCAUUCACCACUCUUGGUCUUGCCUUCCCUCUACAGCCGCCUCAGCCUCAGCCUCAGCCUGGUGGUCCUUACUCUAUACUUCUUCAACUCCUUUUUUUCUUCACUUCUUAAGUACUUACUUUUUUGUUUUUUUUCCGUGACUCGCUACAACUCAAACUGAUAGAGAAAGAUUACCUUGUGAAUUACAAGUUUCAGGUAUCCCUCAAUCAAACCUUAAAAGGGCUUCACCCCAUUUCUUUUUUUUAACCACUGUAUAAUUGCCCCCUCUCCCCAUUCAGACCAUUUGUCCACGUUGCACUUGCAUAUCAAUCCCAACCUCCACCUUUCCUCAUCUUUCCAUAUACACAACACUUGAAAACAUGGAAAUUUAUUGAGUUUCAAGAUCGACAGAAUCCACCGAGAUUUCACACGAUCCUAUUCAAUUCACACUACCAUAUACACACAUAUUAGAUAUUCUGAACUUUUCUUUUAUGGGAAUUUGAGAUACCCGAUUGCUUCUUUUGUUAAUUGUGGGUAGGUGGAACUCAUGCACAAGGUAACUUGCCGUGGUUUUGGUCAUUUUAGAUUCUCGGAUACAUUUCGCAGACACGUAGAACUCACAUACAAUCCCUCAAAUCUGAAACCCCCGCACACUUUUAACUCGUACUUUCCCUUAUUACCUGCAUGCUCCUCCAAGCCACCACCAACCGCUAGCCAGUUAUAAAUACAAAACAACACAUCUAUCCCUCAAAAUACAAACACAAACUCAAAAGUCAAAAGGGUAAAAAAAGAAAAUAGAAGAGAUGGAGCAAGAAGGAGGUGACACAAACAAGCACCCUCAGGCUCAGGAUCGAGUAGUGAAGGAGAUGAUGCAACAAGGUGAUGCACAGGUUCAGGCUCCUCAGCAACCUCAAAAGUGCCCUCGAUGCGACUCUUUCAACACCAAAUUUUGCUACUACAACAACUAUAGCUUGUCACAACCUCGUUACUUUUGCAAAACGUGUAGGAGGUACUGGACUCAAGGUGGAACCUUGAGGAACGUUCCCGUUGGUGGUGGUUGCCGCAAGGGGAAGCGUGCCAAGAGUUCUACUUCAUCUUCAGCGGCGGCGGAGAAGUCUUCAUCCCGGCCGCAAGAGGUGGUGGUUCAAACGCAGCCACCUUCUUUAACAGUUGUGAGGGCUAAAGACCCUUCUUCUUCUUCUUCUUCCUCUUCUUCAGUUGUGGCUUCACCUUCAAUGGGCCCCUUCUACCAUAGUGGUGGCUACUUGUCUUCUCUGGCUGCUAUGCACUCUCUCAAUAACCCUUCAUCACACCCUUUUGAUCAGUCUCUUAAUAGUGACCCCUUGCGUUCUUCAAAUUUGGGCCUUCUCUCUGGUUUCAGUGUUUCAUCAUUUAACUCGCAGCGUGCAAUUGGGCCAAUUCGUCCACCGCAAUUGUACCAAAUGGGGAGUGGUGAGAGGGAGUUUGUGUCUCUGUAUGAACAAGGUUUGGUUAAUCCAUCAAUAUCAUCCAGCAUGGCAAAUACUAAUACUAAUAUCAGUGGUGUUUCCCAGCAUGAUUGGUCUCGGAGCUUCAUCAAUAAUAAUAUUGUUAGUAAUAGAGCCUCUGAUGCAUCCUUGUGGAGCACCAUCAGCACCACUGUUGGUGGUAACUCUGAGAGGACUAGUGCUAGUUCUAGUGCUGGUGUUGGUUCUUCUUCUUUCGUACAAAAUCAAUGGCCUAAUCUUCCAGGGUAUGGCCCUCCACCGUGAUUUCAUUCGCCUGUUGCACCCUGAGAAUCCUGGAAUUAGGCAUAGCUUUGAGCAAUUGAUUUGUCUUUUUAUCAGCUUAAUCUGUUUCAUGAUGUCCUUUAGGUAUAUCUGUAGCAUAGGUUUAUUGGUCUUGGUUGAUGGAGCAAACAUUGGACCGUAGAGAAUUUUGUGUUGAUGUUGUAGUCUAUGUAAACGGUGGAUGGAUUAGUAACCGUAGUUUUUUUAUUUCUUCCAGUGUCACAGAUAGUUGCAUAGAGAAUUUCUGGGUUGGGUCAGGUUGGUUCGAAACUUUUCCAUAUAGUUUUAUAAUUAUACAGUUAUCCGCUGAAGUUUUUUUA